UCCAAAUUUCUUAAAAAGAAAAAAAAAAUGGAGAAAAGAGGAAAUUUCAACGACAUCUUAAUUCUUUGUGGGCAUUUCAACUUUCGGUUCCGUGGAUUCUCCCUGAAUCUGCGAAAUUCGAAAGCCAAUUCCGUUUCCGACCGAAUCCUCGCCAAAAAGAAACGUAAAUUCUCCUCAUCCAAAAUUCGGAUUUAGCUGCUUGGUUUCGGAGAGGAAUCGGAAAAUUACAACAAUGGGGACUCCAGAAUUCCCUGAUCUUGGAAGGCAUUGCAGCGUUCAACAUUGCAAACAAAUUGAUUUCUUGCCUUUCACUUGCGAUCGCUGCGAUCUGUCAUAUUGCUUGGAACAUCGAAGCUACAUUAAACAUCAGUGUUCGAAAGCUGGCAACAACGACGUUACCGUCGUGAUUUGCCCGCUAUGUGCCAAAGGAGUUCGCUUAAUUCCUAAUGAAGAUCCAAACAUCUCUUGGGAAACACAUGUGAAUACUGAAUGUGAUCCAUCAAAUUAUGAUAAAGUAAUUAAAAAAAUGAAAUGCCCAGUUCGUCGUUGCAAAGAAGUCUUGACAUUUUCCAACACAAUCAAGUGUAAGGACUGUAGUGUAGACCAUUGUUUAAAACACCGGUUUGGGCUCGACCACGAUUGUCCCGGACCUAAGAAACCUGCAACAACAUCCUCGUCUUUUUGGGCUACAAGUUUGCUUAAUGUAGCUUCUAGUUUUCGGGAAAACAGGCAAGUGGCGAGGGAUGGGGCGGGGCUGCGACGUAGCAGCAGUGGCAGUGCUGGGCAAAUGGAGGAAUGCCCACAAUGUAGGGUGAAAUUUUCAUCGGUUACCGCAUUGGUGGAGCAUGUGAAGAAGGUGCAUGAGAGGAACAACCAGUCUCGAGUUCUUAAGAUGUCUAUUGAUGUUUGCCCCAAGUGUGGUAGAGGGUUUCGUGAUCCGGUCUCCCUUGUUGAGCAUGUUGAGAAGGAUCAUGGCGGCACUUCCAAAGCAUAAAAGGAUGUUUGGCUUCAAAUGGUGGAUCCAUUUUUUUUUAAUGAUUUUUCAAUAUUCCAUUUGUUGGUUUCUUGUGAGAAUUUAAACUUGAAGUUAAAUAGAAGUGUUCAUGACAUAA